AUGGGUAUUCGCCCCAACUCCAAUAAACGCGUUCAGAAUGAGAACAUGCCACCCUCGGCGGCGACUCGCAGCGUACUCAACGCCAAAUUUGUCGCCUCUCAGAGUCCCCGCAGGACUUCACGCACUUUGCGGGACGUUCAAUUUCGCAAGCGCAGCGAAUCUUCCACUGGCGUUCAGACGACCAAGCGGAUCGUUGGGCAUGCAAAACAGCGGCAAGCUAAGAACAAAAUCCGAUUUACUCUGAAGUCGGCGAUCCGUGGAAAGAUCAACGACGUAGAGAUGGCCGAUGGGACGGUUCAUCCAUCCAGCAACACCGUUCCAAUCCAGCUUCCUCAGGAGCUUGUGCGUCCUCGAGAAUAUAAGGCCGUCACUCCCGAUAUGCUCAAAGCUGUGGACCAAACCUACGACGACGACAUGGGCGUCCAGUACUUCCGCGACGGUCUUGAAAUUCUCGAAAAAGAACUCAUGCAGUCGUUGGCCAGCGUGAAAAUCCAAAAUCAAAGGACCAAACUGCCCAGCGAGCUCGACGUCGUGGUGAACGACGCUACCAUCAUCCUUCCCUCGCACGUUCUAGCGGUGUUUGGGAAGGCACCUCCUCCUGGAUCUUCCGCCCCACGGCAGGUUACCCUCUACCCAGUUCACAGCCUCGUGCUUAAGGCCCACUGCGCACACCUUCCGCUCCCACCGCCUACCCUUGAGGUUCCCAACCACGUCAGUGGGGAGCAAACGGUCAAGCUACCAGUGUGGUCGAUCUGCCUCCCGUCUCCUGAGGCCUAUCCCGCCCUUUCUGUGUACCUCUACACCAAAGACAUCCAACGGCUGCUGCGCAAUCUUGUCCCAAUGCCUGCUCCCGAGGACCUCCGUGUUACUCCAGGACGGACGAAAGAGUUCGGCCAACAGAUGGGCCACAGGUUCUCCAUCGCUAUCAUCGUCCGCGCCACCUUCCUCGUCUACGGGGUGUGGCAGAACAUGUGCGCCUUGGGCAUCUUCGACAAGCAGCUGUGGGACACUAUCGACGCUGUGUGGAAUUCCAUCCUCUUCGCCAUGUCUGUUGCCACGGGUAAUCCGACGAUGCCUAUCCCUCCUUAUCAGCCCGUCGACGAGGGCUACGGGGAAGCGGAGCCUGCGCCUGAGGGCGAGUGCGAAGCUGGACCGUCAGGAGAUGUGUCGCCGCCAUCCGACGACCUUUCACCGUCGACAAAGGAUUCUGCUGGUGCGGGAAGCCAGGGACCCGAGGGCAGUGGGCCCCAUCAUUAG